CAAAGAAGUCGGCAUUCCUUCCACAACCCACUAAAUUUGCUCGACUCUCGACGAUACUGUGCAAUAUACGAAGUUCUCCUGACCAGAACGGUUGUGGAACGAUUUGUCCCUCAUGGGUACUUCUGAAGUGUCUGAAACUUGACCGGGUUUGAUUGGAUAGGCAUCAUUCUGUGGUACGAGCCAUUUGGUGGUUCCCGCCGCCGCAACCUCAGCUCAUUAAUAUUACCUACUUCGUUUUACCCCGGAUUUGACCCGCCAGAUUCCGCAUCAAACAAUCAGGAGCUAUCGCGACGUAAGGAGGACGAUCUUCUUACUGGCACUGCUACCUUCUCCUUCGCUUGUUUGUGUUGGCCUUGUAAUGUCCCAUAACUAUCUCGAGUAUCUGUGCGCAGCUACUAGUACGCAAUGACCUCAUCUGUCAAUAACAUGGCAGAGGCCAGCAGCGCGUACGCGGGUUUUAGAAUCAGCACCGACUUAACUCAGCACUCGGAUGACGACGAUGAGUUUCUUUCAAGUGCGAGCACGACUUCUGAGGGGGGUCAAGAGCAUCUCCUGGAGUACAAGCAACCUGCAUUAGAAUCCAUGAAUUGCCAACAGGGGACCAUGGGUGACUCCACAGCAAUAUCAUCUUCGAACAGCUUGCGGGCUCAGGAAGUUGAGAGGUCCGGAGUGGAACCGGUAGAAAAUAACUUCGUACGCGAUGACAAAGCUCUGGGGGUUAUCAGACGGCCUCUGCAUUUGCUUGACCUACCCAUGGAUAUAUUGCAGGUAAUCAUUAAAGAAGUGACGCAUACCAACGACCUCACCUCGCUAGCUCUAACAUGUUCCAGUCUGCAUGCUUUAGCGAUUCCUCAAAUGUAUUCUCGGUUUGAUAUCGUAUGGCCAGAACCAAUGUCACCGUCUGUCCAUCCCACGGGUGUCGAUGCUCUUUCUUACGGAUUAGCAACAUUAGUAAUGGGCGAAGAUGUUUUUCACGAGCUUCCUCCACCCCACCGUCCCGUUGCGCCCUGCCAUCACUGCGGCUGUAGCGCCCAGCAUGUUAAACAAGGCUCCCGACUUGAGGCAGAUGGCAUACGGAGGAUACGUCGAGGGAAUCACUAUGCGCAGUAUACACGCAAAUUUUCUGUGGGCAAUGGACCGCCAGAGUGUGUCCAAGAGUACUCUGUGACGAAAGAAACGGGCAAAAUGCUGGGAACUCUGGUAGCGUUGGCAAUCGCUCGCAUGAUAAACCUAGAGUCUUUCAUUUGGGAUAUGCCGACUGGCGUUUUGCGGGACGUCUGGAUAGCGCUGUCAUCUUUAGCAGAUCGACCGGGACAUGAAUGCCGUCUGGAACGUGUUUGGGUUCGUUGGCACGAUAACUCCAUGAUACGCAUAGUUCGGACACCAUCAGACAUGACACUACCGGGCAUGCCGUCUCCCUUUAUCUCUCCAUCCGCUAGAUCAACGCGUCUACAAAAUUACGCCCAUGUAGAGUAUCCUACUCUUUCGAUCUUACCCCCACUGAAGAGCUUAAGCGUUCUCGAUAUAGAUGAGUCAUCAUAUAUCGAGGAAAUGGCUGUACUCAUUGAGCGCUCACGGGGGCGCUUAAAAGAACUACGCAUCGGGAUUUCCUCGAGAGUCUACCAAUAUAAUUGGUUAAAAGCAUUAGGAGGCUGGUCUCCUGUGCAACAAGACGCGUCCAACCCUGUGGUGUCCGGUUGGCCUAAAGUUGGCGGUGUACUCGGUGUCCUCCUUGGUAAUCCCCACACUCAAUUUCCCUUUGAACUAGCAGCCGAUCAGCCUUCCUCAAAAGAAGUGCAGCCGGGUCAGCAUGGCAGUCACCAGGGGCUUAGCGGGACGGUUCCGCCAGCUGGGGAUAUUGCUAGUAACGGCACUUCGAGUGGACAUUCGACUACACAACUUCCGGAUACAGGACCUCUAGAGCACUCUCCCAAAACCACCGGCGCUUCUAGAAUGGACAGUGUGACAUCUCCCCAAGUGACCGAGGAGCCAUAUCCCACACAACCAUCUAGACUUGGAGAUCUACCAGGACCAUCAAGCAAGUGUAUCGGCAUCAACAAGCCCUUUACAUCCGCCUCAGCGACUAGCCCUAAGUCUGACAGAUUGAAGUUGGAGGUCUUGGAACUAGAGCGCGUCUCUUUGUCCAUCCCAGUCAUGAUGCACGCGAUAGACUGGACCCGGAUCACGACCCUGACAAUCCUUCGCUGCGAUGGUCAUGAAAAGCUCUGGAGAGCGCUCCGUCGCCAGUUUUCUCCGUCCACUGCACUGCGCGGUAGUCCAAAACCAGAAAAUAAAGACGUAAAUAGCUCCUCCUCGGAGUACUCUCUAAAGCUCAAGCAUAUUCACACAGAUGCUGUAUCCCCAUACCUGUUACUCUUUAUCAAGGAUGCCAUUGCGCCUAAUACACUGGAGACCUUGUUUUUGCAUGAGGCUCCGAUGUACGACUCUAUCGUACAUGUUGACGCUAUCUAUCGAAAUGUGAUCCGUAACCAUCGAACAAGUUUGAAACACAUCUUAGUUGAUAGCACAGAGCGGUCACCUGGUGGAAUCGAAAUUAGCACUAAUCGCUGGCGUAAGUGGAUGUUCACCCGGGAAAUGAUCACCUUCAUUACUAGCGGCCGUAUGCCGCGGCUGCGCGAACUAUCGAUGACGAUGCAUUCCAAGGACUGGCAUUAUUUUCUCCAGAGGCUCCCCAAUAUGCCCCAGUUACGCGCCCUCCAUAUUCCUCACAUAACCAAUCCUAUUCACCGAGACCCGAAGGAACUCGCAUUACAGAUCCUUGAUAUUAUCACUAUUCGCACCGAAGUUGGAAUAAGCUACAUUGGCAUGAUCAAUAAGUGCUACGAAAUCCUUGAGGGCAAGCGUGGUGAGAAAGACGACUUUGAUGAUGCGGACGACAGCCACAGCGAAGGCUUUGUGCCAGGCAGUGAUGACUGGGCACCGUCUGACACAGACGAUGAUGAUUCGGAUGACGGCGGCGCCGGGAGCGCCAUAGAGUCAAACUCAGAACUCUCGUCAGACGACCACAGUUCAUCUGAUGGAUACGACUCCGAUCUCGAGAGCAGCAAAUCGCGCGUGGCUUUUCGGCUACGGGAAAUUCUAUUUUACGAUGAUAAGAUCUCCAUCUUCAAGGCACGACAUGGAGUUCUAUGACCUGCGAGCGUGUUUAUUGUCACUGGCAUGGUGUUGGGUGGUUUCAUUGGAUUACUUCUCUUUCUUUCACUUCCUCAGGAUUAUUAUUUUCCUUGUGACCUUUGAGAUACCAUUUGAUCGGACUGGGGGGCAGAGUAGAAUUCAUAUAUCUGUCUAUCUAUUUGAUGCUGGUGUGAUGUUGCAUGUUUCGGGUUAUGAGAAUGAACGCUGCUGCAUCACAUGCUUCUCUGGCGUGUACGCUUGGUAGACACAUCAAUAGAAGCUUUUAUUUCUGGAAUCUUUUGCCCAAGGACUGCAUUAAGUUA